AUGCAAAAUCAAAAUCUUGAAAAUGGAUCUCAAGUGGACGAGAAAAUGUAUCCAUAUAGUAAUCCAAGUCGUAGCACUGAUCGAAAAAAUAUUGCUAUGUCUUUAUACACUCUUGUCGUUUUUGUGGUAGCCACCGUAGCGAUUGGUUUAUAUUCUAUUGAGACUAGAAACAAAAUUUUGAAUCAGCAAUUAUACGUCGUCCUUAUCGGAGCCGAAUUUUUACCUCGAAACAUUUAUACUUUCAUCAUCUAUAAAUACACAAGUUUCAGUUUCUGGGACUUGAUUGGUGUCUUUAAAUGUGGUCCAUAUUAUUAUUAUUGGAGAGGCAAAGGCCGAAAGAGUCUAACGAGAAAUCUGGUCAAUAGGUUGGAAUACAUCGUAGAUGCGUUAGGAAUUAUAAGACUCGUUUUGAUAUGUUUUGUGGUUUGGAGAAAUAUUGAGAUGACAAAUAUAGAUGAAGUGCACGGAAUGGAUAGGAGUUUAUUAAUUACACUCGCAGGAUUACUGCUAGCAUUGAUACUCACUGCGAGUUUACAUGUCUUUAUAAUUAUUGUAUUUUUAGUUAAGAAACUCGGACGAUAUCUUUUUGGUGAUAGGAUUUCAUGUUGUUGUUGUACACGUUCAGAUGAUAUUCCGGAAAAUGCAUAA